AUCAAAUGCGAGCUAUGCUUGAUCAGUUAAUGGGCACAGGACGGAAUGGUGAAAAUAACAAAUUUCAAGUGAAGUACUCCGAUCCAAAGGUCUGCAAGAGCUUUUUGCUGGCGUGCUGUCCACAUGAAAUCCUAUCGUCAACGUUCUAUUUCCAGAGUCUCUGGAAAAAGCAAUUCCAAUCAGAUCCAUUGUACAAUAUUGUUGCGAGUAUUGUCCGCUCAUAUGUCGUGUUGUACUUGUCGCUCUGACACGCGCGUUACUGUAAGUACUGAAAGCGAAGAGGACGUACGUAUUACAUUCUACAAUUUGAUUACACCUUAACAUAAUCUCAAGUACUAGGUAUUAAUUCGAUUGAGAAUAAAGGCGGACGGUUUAACCUCAGCCCCUCUACCGGUAAAACCACGGUGGCGAGGCUGAGUACCGAAUAUUAAUUCCGAGACCCCGAAUGGCCUGUUAAAGUUGGUAGAAAUGAAGUUUACUUUGAAAGUAUGCGUGAAAAUGUAUUCAUCCUCGGGAGAUGUAACGGGUACAGGAAAUGAGGCAGUGAUCUGUAAGUAAGAACCAUGCGAAUUGCCAAGAAACGUCUUAUUGUUAGUCUCGUUGUUAAGUAAUAUUAUCGUAAACGUUGACGCUUCUUUACCGAUCAUUCCUACUAUCUAUCUAAUAGUUUCUCGGUCCCUUGAUCUCGGUCUCGCGGUGUACCUUGCCUCGAUUUUCAAACAGGAUAUCGUACUACGUACUAUCAUACCAACACUUGGAUUUCAAACCUUUCGCUAUCUUAACGUAAUUCUUAUUUCAUUAAAUACGAAUCAUACGAGCCCAAUUUUAUGAAAAACGAUCCAAGUGGGUGUUGUUAUCGAUAUAUCUUACAAUUAAUAUCAUUUGAUAGGCGGUGUACAACACUUGAGAAUUUUUAAAACGUCGAUACGAUAUUCCAAGAAAAUUUACGUUUACUUAACUUUGAAUGUACGGUGUAGCGAUCCUCGAACGAUCGAAAAAUGAAAUCACUGUUUUAUUUAAAAAGCGAAAAUCUCUGAAAAUCGACCAGAAGAAUCCGUUAACGUUGAAAUUAUUUUGGCAAUUUGCAAACAAACGAAAGAAAGAAAAAAAAAAGAACAAACAAAAAUAGUACGUGGACAAGAUGCCCACGAGAAAACGUGACAAGUGGCAUGAAGCUGAAAGAGAAAGAGAAAGAGAAAUAGAAAUAGAAAGAGAAAGAGAGACAGUAUUAGGCGGAAUUGUACAGCGUGUGCCAGUUCUGUUAGAAAAAUUUCCUUCAACAUUGGAUGUACGUAUUGAACUCGUUUUCUAAAUCGUCUAGAAUUGAUUCAUCUAAGGCAAUGCCUAUGCGUGCCCUACGUAAAUAGUAUAAUAAACUAUUAGGCUAUAAGUUGUUUCAUAGACAUUGAACAUAUGAACUUAAGGUGUGUGCUGAUUGUAGCUUCAUUGCCAUCGCAUUGUCGUGUCAGGCGGAGAGGUGUUGCCACUCUGUAAGUGAACAUAACAAAAUAUUUAUCUGUAAAAUUGCAUUUUUACUUUGUCCAAGAACAAGAUGAUAUGUCGGUCAAUAUAUAAUAUGUAUGUACAUAUGCAUAUGUAUAUAGAAAUAUAUGUACAAGCGUAUACAGGCUAUAUCCUGGCAUGCAACACAGAAACAACGAAAAGGUUUAUGCAAACAUUUUAUACAACUCGAGGCUACCUAUAAAUACGAGUCCUGCAGGUACAAACAAAUACCUUGAUACUUGAAGUUUUCGAAUAAAAUCAAACAGUCUGUACAGUUUGUUAUAAUCGAUUCCAUCAGCUUUCUUUGCAAUAAACUAUCGUCAUGGUAAGUUGUAAAGAAGCUCGAAUAUAGCGAAUAUAUUUUACCGACUCUUUUCAUUGCUUUCCAAUGUUCCUAAUCCACCACUGUAAUGGCUGAAAUGGAACUCUGUAUGUUAGGAUACACCCUGUAUAUUUUCAUAUGCAUUGUCUGUAAGCGCAUUAGCAGAAGAGCAACCAUUUGUAAGUUCUUCUAUUAAAAGCAUCAUAUCUUUCUGGACAAUUAGGGUUUUAACUUCUGUCGUUGUUGCCGUGCAUAGUCUAAAUUAUUUAUGUAAUUGUUGAUUAUCGAUUCAGUUUCGUAUUACAAACAGCGAGAUUAAACAACCGUAAGAUUUCAUAGAACACGUUGGGAGGGAUUACAUAAAUAAAACCAGUGAGGCGUCACACGGUUAGACGGACGUAAUCUAAUAUUAAAUGGUUUGUAAAUCGCAGCGCAUGGACCUGGGAGAAUGCCCCCAGAUUCACGACUUGGCCCUACGGGCUGACUACGAAGCUGCGCAAAAGAAGAAGGACCAUUUUUACGAUAUCGAUGCCAUGGAACAUUUGCAAAAUUUUAUCGCCGACUGUGACCGUCGUACGGAGCAAGCAAAGCAACGAUUGGCAGAGACUCAAGAAGAGCUGAGCGCCGAGGUAGCAGCGAAAGCGAACAACGUUCACGUUCUAGCCGAGGAAAUCGGUAAAAAGCUGGCUAAGGCUGAGCAGCUUGGCGAGGAAGGUUUCGUGGAGGAAUCGAUGAAACUGAUGGGUGAGAUAGACGAGCUGCGUAAGAAAAAGAACGAAGCUGAACAAGAGUAUCGUAACAGCAUGCCAGCGUCCAGUUACCAACAACAAAAGUUGAGAGUCUGCGAGGUGUGCAGCGCGUAUCUUGGCAUACACGACAACGACAGACGACUGGCCGAUCACUUUGGCGGCAAGUUGCAUCUGGGCUUUAUCAAGAUCCGCGAGAAAUUGGCGGAACUUCAGAAAACCGUCGAAGACAGACGCAAAGAGAAGAGGGAGUCGUUGCUCGACAGACGCAGAGACAGAGACAGGGACGAUCGCGACAGGGACCGCGAUAGGUCCGACAGCAGACGCGGAGGAUUGGGUUACAGAGAAAAAGAUCGCGAUCGCGAUCGUGACCGUGACCGUGACCGUGACCGUGAACGCGAUCGUGAUCGCGAUCGCGACAGAGACCGUGACCGCGAUCGCGAUCGGGAUCGAGACCGAGACCGUGAACGCAGAGACAGAGACAGGAGAAAGUCGCGAUCUCGAAGCCGCAGUCGUGGAAAGAGAUCGAAACGUUCGCGCAGUAAUAGCCGCAGUCGACGAUCUCGUUCUCGUCGUAGUGGGUCCAACGAUCGAAAAAGAUAAAACUGAUUGUCAUUAAUAAUUAUCCUAAAUCAUUUUCUUCGUAUGAAAUUCACGUGCUUACUUGUGCACAUUACAUGUAAAAACAGAAAUCGCGCUCGCUGAACAUCGUUCUUUUCUUUUCGAUAGACUAAUUCGCAAAUUACCACACUAAAUUUGUACAUUAUCCGUCACUCUAUUACCAAGAAACAAAUAACACCAAUAUAGGAAAGAAGAAAAAUAUCUUUGUGUGAGACUAGGCACAUUCCUGUUAAUGUAAGAACAGGAUUGAAUUUACUAGAUAUUAAUAUACUAAUACACUUAAUCAAUUCGAUCUUGAUAUACCGAUAUACUUUUAACUGUAGUUACUGUUUCGUGUACAUAAGAAUUAGCGCAGAUGUAACUCCAUGUCUUUUGGAGAUGUUACAUAUUUAUAAUAUUAUUACUUGAUCUUAUGUGAUUAUUAUACGAGCAUAAAAAUGAAGGCAUGUUCGAAAAUAUAUACGUUUAAGUAAU